AUCACCGAUGCUUUCGGCUUUAAGGGUGGUGAGGGUGGGUGCCCUGUUUUAAUCCACAGUCUUUUUGGGCUAAACCAAAUGGUGUCAUGCCAUUGCGGUUCAGUGAGGCGGACUUGUAUUCUUACCUGUGCCAUCUCAGGUCAUCAAAGGCAGGGGCAUCAGCUUUGCAGCACACGCUUGAAGCAUUAGGUUUCCUUGACGGGACGGCCGAGUUCGUGCAUGUGGGCUUGAACCGAACAAUUUCGGGUCGAUGCAAGGGGGCAGCCAGAGAUUCUUUCCUCACCAAGGAACCGCUCAAGCAGAAGGAUCCCUUGCUCUUGGUUCAGGUGCGAGCGUUGGAGGAGCUGUGCAUGACGGCCUCUGCCCGCGAUGUUUCGUGUUGCAGGUGGAAGGACUCCCAACGGAUUUGAAGCUUGUCUAGAUAUUACAGCCGGGACGUAACGCUAGUGUUUGCCGAGGCACUCAAGUCCAAGACCACUCUGAC